UUCGCUCGCUCGCCCGCCCGCCCGUGCGCUUUCACUGGUCGCCCCCGGCGCCGGCUUCGCCACCGAAACGCUCCAGUUCGCGCCCGGAACUGACCGCCGAGCCGAGCCCAUCCCCGCUCACGCUCGCGCUCGCGCUCACCCACGCUGCAGGCGCGUUCUCCCGGCGGCCGGUGAGAGAUUUCGCGUAGCUCUUCUCCGUUUCAUUGUUGCCUGCCCCUCGGAACCACGAUGGCAGCAAGCGGCCCGCGGUUUCUUUCCGGUGACGGCGAUGGCGUUGGCCGGCAGUAGCCCCCGCCGCGGAAACCGCAGCGUCCAUCCGGCGGCCUGGGCGCGACUGUCGACACGGACGUCGCCCUGCUGCCACGUGGGCCGCGCGAAAUUCACGGCGAUAGCGCUCCCGCCCGGCGCCGUCGGGUCGGCACUCGCGAGCGCGCGUGUGCGCCAGUUGUUUACGGUCUGACGCGUCGUCUCCGCUCAUGUGUACCGUCGCUGCAACAGUGUAUGUCGAGGGAGGCUUUUUGAAGGAGAAGGACGGCAGUAAGAAAAAGAGCAGAAACAAAGAAGUGAUGAUCCACGAACCGGCAGUGCUGAUUGAGGGUGUGCUGUUCCGAGCAAACUACCUUGGUUCUACGCAGCUUGUGUGUGAAGGACAGCCAACCAAGACAACUCGUAUGAAUCAAGCAGAGGAGGCUGUUUCUCGCAUUAAGGCGCCCCCGCGACGCCAUGCGGCGGGCUGCCAUGGGCCCCCUGCCCUCGCCCCCACCCCCAGCGACGAGGAGGAUGAGGACGACAGCAACGAUGAGGAUGAGGAGGAGGACGAGGAGGUAAACAGGGAGCUGUCGCUGCCUCCUGCAGGGGGAACGGGCCCAUGCCCCCUGCCUCCACUGGGCACAGGGGCAGCAGGCACGGUGUUCCGGCUGCAGUUCCUCGGCUCAGUGGAAGUGGACGAGGAGGGGGGACGUAAACGACGCAAGCGCCUCAAGAAGCACAUGGUGGAAGAAGCAGUGACGAAGAUUAAGGCUCCUGAAGGUGAAACUCAACCCAGUACAGAAGUUGAUCUCUUUAUAUCCACAGAAAAAAUUAUGGUUCUGAAUACUGAUCUCAAGGAAAUCAUGAUGGACCAUGCACUACGAACCAUUUCUUACAUUGCUGAUAUUGGAGAUCUGGUAGUGUUAAUGGCCCGGCGACGUUUUGUACCGCAUGAUGUGGAUGAAGCCCCAAAAAUAAACCGCACUCCCAAGAUGAUAUGUCACGUUUUUGAAAGUGAAGAGGCUCAGUUUAUUGCACAGUCCAUUGGUCAAGCAUUUCAAGUAGCAUAUAUGGAGUUCCUGAAAGCUAAUGGUAUUGAGGAUCACAGUUUUGUAAAAGAAAUGGACUAUCAAGAAGUGCUCAAUUCACAAGAAAUAUUUGGCGAUGAACUGCAAAUGUUUGCCAAGAAAGAGAUGCAAAAAGAGGUGGUGGUUCCCAAAGCAAAAGGAGAGAUUUUGGGAGUUGUAAUAGUGGAGUCAGGUUGGGGUUCCAUGUUGCCUACAGUAGUAAUAGCUAAUCUGGCUCCAUCUGGAGCUGCUGCCCGAUGUGGGCAACUGAAUAUAGGAGAUCAGAUUAUUGCAAUUAAUGGUGUUAGUUUAGUAGGUCUCCCUCUCUCUACAUGUCAAAAUUACAUCAAGAACACAAAGAACCAGACUGUUGUGAAAUUGACUGUUGUUCCAUGUGCACCUGUUGUGGAAGUGAAAAUUAAACGCCCAGACACAAAGUAUCAGCUGGGAUUUAGUGUUCAAAAUGGAGUGAUAUGCAGUCUUCUCCGAGGUGGCAUUGCAGAAAGAGGCGGUGUUCGUGUUGGCCAUCGAAUUAUUGAAAUUAAUAAUCAAAGUGUUGUUGCUGUUCCACAUGAAAAAAUUGUUAACCUUCUGGCAACAUCUGUUGGAGAGUUAAUUAUUUAUGUAUUGGCAAAGAAUUUUGUAAAUACAAAGUCAAUUUUGUUUCUUUCUUCUCGACUUUUAGCUGUG